AUGGCGUCGUUGUCGAGCCUAUUACCGGCACCCGCGCAGCCAGUAUGGGAUCGAGAUGACGAAUUGAAGGCAAAGCGUGUUGGAAGUGCCCUAGUUGUUUCACAAACCAGCGUUCCACCUUACGGUCAAAGACGAGGAUGGGUUCCACGUACGGAAGAAGAUUUUGGAGAUGGUGGUGCAUUCCCCGAAAUCCAUGUUGCUCAAUAUCCUUUGGGUAUGGGGGCCCGCGGUAAGGAGAGCACGUCAAAUGCUUUAGCUGUGCAAUUAGAUGAAUCAGGAAGGGUGAAAUACUCUGCUAUAGCUCGUCAAGGCCAUGGGGCAGAUAAGAUUAUCUACUCCAAACUAACAGAUCUUCUGCCAUCGGAGGUGUUGUCCGAAGAUGAUCCGACUCUCCAGAAACCUUCGGAGGAGGAUAUUCAAGAAAUUACGGAGAAAACAAAAUUAGCUCUAGAGAAACUCACCAAUGCAAAGAUAUCGGCCGCCAUGCCCGUUAAAGCUGCUCCGAAAGCUGCUCCUGCCCAAUACAUUAGAUAUACUCCGGCACAACAAGGUGGUCAGUUUAAUUCAGGCGCCAAACAGAGAGUUAUCAGAAUGGUUGAAGCUCAAUCAGAUCCAUUGGAGCCCCCUCGGUUUCAAAUCAACCGUAAGAUACCCCGUGCGGCGCCUUCGCCCCCCGCCCCGGUGCUCCACUCACCGCCUAGGAGAGUCUCCGUUAAACAACAGCGAGAUUGGAAAGUCCCACCAUGUGUAUCACAUUGGAAGAACGCUAAAGGUUACACAAUACCAUUAGACAAACGUCUAGCAGCCGACGGCCGGGGUCUUCAACAAGUACACAUCAAUGAGAACUUCUCCAAGUUAGCCGAGGCUUUAUACAUAGCUGAUAGAAAAGCGAGAGAGGCUGUUGAGGCGAGGGCGCAGUUGGAGAGGAGAUUGGCGCAGAGGGAGAAGGAGAAGAAAGAGGAACACUUGAGGAUGCUGGCGCAGAGAGCGAGGGAUCAUAGAGCAGGUAUAAGGAAUCCGGAAGAAGAAACAGAAGAAGGUUUAGACGCUGCGCCAGACGGAGAACUCUCCGUGGCGGAGAGAGAUAAGUUGAGGGCGGAGAGACACAGAGAUAGACAGAGAGAUAGGAAUCUGGCGAGAGCUGCGCCCGAUAAGAGGUCCAAACUGGUUAAGGAAAGAGAACGUGAUAUAUCAGAACAAAUAGCUUUGGGGCUACCUGCUAAGAAUAACACAGGAGAUGCUAUGUUUGAUCAGAGAUUGUUCAACAAUAGCAAAGGAAUGGAUAGCGGUUAUGGUGAUGAUGAAGCAUAUACGGUGUAUGACAAGCCUUGGAGAAAUCAAGAUGGCAUCGGAUCACAUAUAUACAGGCCUUCGAGGAAUGCUGAUAAGGAUAAUUAUGGAGAUGUUGAUAGUCUAGCGGCUAACAAACGGUUUGUUGCUGACAAGACAUUUGCUGGUAGCAGUAGUGGAGUGCCUCGCUCGGGACCUGUUAACUUUGAGAAGGAUACCAGGGAGGAACAACCGAGUCGAGGUCAGCCCGAAGCGGACCCAGAUCCGUUUGGUCUGGAUCGUUUCUUGAGUGAAGCUAAACGAGCUGACAAAGCCAGGAAGAGAGACCACCACGAGCCACAUGCUAAGAGGAGGAGGGAUUAG